ACACUUGAAAAUGAAUAUUAAUACGCCUAAAUAAGUCCGCCCUUCGUUACGGCCGCCAUAUUGGUCUUCUCUCUGGUAGUUUUGGGGUAGUCUCAAAAUCUUUCAUCAUCGACAUCAACUAUUGUGUCAGAGGAUUAUUUAUCUGCUGAAUUUGAUCAAAAGGUUGUCUUGGAAUGGCCGAUUCAGACAAACUUAACAUAGACAGUAUAAUAGCACGACUACUUGAGGUGCGGGGAUCCAGACCAGGGAAAAAUGUACAGUUGACAGAAGCUGAGAUCAGAGGCCUCUGUCUGAAGUCUCGGGAAAUCUUUCUUAGUCAACCUAUUUUGUUGGAGCUAGAGGCUCCUUUGAAAAUUUGUGGUGACAUUCACGGACAGUACUAUGACCUACUACGAUUGUUUGAAUAUGGUGGCUUCCCCCCUGAAUCAAACUACCUGUUCUUGGGUGAUUAUGUAGACAGAGGCAAGCAGUCCUUGGAAACCAUCUGUCUCCUCCUGGCCUACAAGAUCAAGUACCCUGAAAAUUUUUUCCUGUUGAGGGGCAAUCAUGAGUGUGCUAGUAUCAACCGUAUUUAUGGAUUCUACGAUGAGUGCAAGAGGCGAUACAACAUCAAAUUGUGGAAAACAUUCACAGAUUGUUUCAACUGCUUGCCGAUUGCUGCCAUUAUUGAUGAAAAGAUCUUCUGUUGCCAUGGAGGUUUGAGUCCAGACUUGCAAUCAAUGGAACAAAUUCGGCGGAUUAUGCGGCCGACGGAUGUACCUGACCAGGGACUGCUCUGUGAUCUUUUGUGGUCGGACCCAGACAAAGAGACUAUGGGCUGGGGAGAGAACGACAGAGGCGUUUCCUUCACAUUCGGAGCCGAGGUGGUGGCCAAAUUCCUUCACAAACACGACUUGGAUCUCAUAUGCAGAGCUCACCAGGUUGUGGAAGAUGGCUACGAGUUCUUUGCCAAACGACAGCUGGUCACUCUGUUCUCUGCCCCCAACUAUUGUGGGGAGUUUGACAAUGCCGGCGCCAUGAUGAGCGUGGAUGAGACACUGAUGUGUUCCUUUCAGAUCUUGAAGCCGGCUGACAAGAAGAAAUUUCCCUAUGGAGGGCUGAACGCAGGGCGGCCUGUGACCCCGCCGCGUGGGAACCAAAAGGCCAAAGGGAAGAUGUAAACAGUUGGGCUGAGGAGGAUUCUUCUUGGAUUGUUGGAAUCAUCGAUCGACCACGGGCAGAACUUGCCGGCCAUUGCAAGGGACAUCCUCAAUGUUUGUUGUUACCAUCAUCACUUUGGGGGGGGCAUUCUUGAUGAGUACUUGUGGUACCCCUCACACUGGCAAGUUUUUAGCUUUACAUAUACAAGGAAUCAUCAUUCAUCUCCCCGUGAUUUUAUUUUAGGGAGUUCAGCUGGUUUAGAAGCAAGAUUUGGGGGGGGGGGGUGUUUGUCACAAGAUACAGUUCAUAUUCCUGAUGGUUUAUUCAUUUCAACUAACAACUGACAGUGACCAGCUUUAGCGACCACUUGUCUGGUGAGGGGUUUUGUUUCUGGAUAGAUCAUCUCCUUGUCUUUAUCAGCACCGUGUGCAAGGGCACACCCACCAAUUGAUGUGAGCACACCCCAGGAACAGAUCUGCUCCUAGCCGUGACUGCCUCCCCCUUUCCUAUGGCGGCCCUAACGUCCUCAACACUGGAAGCAAUUGCCCUCCCAAAAGUCCUCCCUGGCGGCUCUCAAGUCCCGCUGUAGUGGGAGGUAUUAUGACAAGUUGGAGAGAGGAGCGAGACCAAGUGUCAGGGGCAAAUGCUCCAAUGUUGAUGCAAGCUGGGGGGGGAGUCCCGCUGGCUCAUGGGACCAGAUCUGUUUCCUGUUGGCCCAGUGUAGAACAACUGACAGCCCACAACCCCUUUGUGUUUGUAGAAAUAAAGCUGUAUAUAUGCAUUA